UCACUCAUUUAGAAGAGACAGGGCAAAGGAGGUAGUUAUGGCUCAUACCUGGAUUCUCGUUUUGAUUUGUGUGACAUUCGCGGCCCUCUCCUCUGCCUCCCCUCCUCAGAGUCUCGUGGUGCGUUCAGGGUCUAACGUGUCACUGAGCUGUAACCUGAGCUCCAGUGAGUACCAAACCUGGUUCAGACUGGACUCAGAAGGGAUCCUGCCCCUGUUCAGUGUCAGACCAGGCAGACUGCGAGGGAGAACCAUCAGGGAGAACCACCAUACCCACAGGGUUGUGGGGUCAGAGGGGGACCUGGAGGUCGGUGUCAGUCUGGAGAUCAGAGCUGUGACUAAGGACGACUCUGGAGUUUACAUCUGCAGCAGCAAAGACAGGGGUGAACUGCGCUACAAUACUGCAGUGCACCUGACAGUAACAGAUCCAGGUGAUUGUCCGCUUCCAGCCCAUAAGGAACCUUGCUGGCGUCCUGGGCUUUGUCUAAUUCCUGGAGUGAUCUCUGGGGUUUUCCUCUUCAUCACAGUCUUCCUCUGCUACUGCAAAGUCUUGUCACCUCCCGGAUUGAUUACUGUAACUCCCUCCUCUAUGGUCUCCCCAACAAAUCCCUCCAGAAACUGCAGCUUCUCCAAAACUCCACAGCCCGCAUCAACACCAGGACCCCAUCUCCCCACCACAUCACCCCCAUCCUCCAAGAACUACACUGGCUUCCCAUAAAACAGAGAAUCCACUUCAAAAUCCUCCUCACCACCUUCAAAGCUAUCCAUAACCUGGCCCCACCUUACAUCUCUGACCUCCUCCACAUCUCCAUUCCCUCUCGCUCCCUCCGCUCCUCUUCCUCUCUCCAGCUCUCUGUCCCCUCUGCCCGUCUCAUCACCAUGGGGGGCAGAGCCUUCAGCUGCUCUGCUCCCCAGCUCUGGAACUCUCUCCCUCCUGACCUUCGCAACAUUGACUCUCUUCCACUUUUCAUAUCCAGACUCAAAACCCACCUGUUCACACAAUCCUACACCAUAUAAUCAGUCACUCCCACCAUCAUCCAGUUUUGUAUCUCUGUUUUAUCUGUAAAUAUGUGUUUUUAACUUUGUCUUGUACAGUGUCCUUGAGU